AUGUUCGGGAACUUCCGUCAGCUGCUGGUCGCUGCACUGCCGAGCUUUUCGAAAUCCAAGGAUCUUGAUCAAGACCAAGACGGCCGACAUUGCGAGCAGCUCGAGACGUUCUUCAGCCUGGGUUUUCGACGCUAUGAAAAUCGGCAUUUGCACGACCGCGUGGACCGCGUUGCAAAUGACGUGGCGUGGACGGAGAACAGGCUGCAAAAGGAGCACAACAACUGCAUGUGCAGUUCUUCAAAUAACCGGGACUUCCUCGAGGACUUCUGGCAAAGAAAACUCCCACAAACCGUGUUUUCACAACUCUCCUCCGACAGCGAGUGGCUGGAAGCCAACGUCUGGGAAGGCAGGCCCGGUCGACGACAGUAUCUCGAGGACGCGAUAGGAAAGCUACGGGAGCUUUUACCCUUGCCCACCUUCGAACUGGAGGAGUACGAGGAGGAGGAAUAUUAUUAUUUCUACGGCGACGCCUGGGUGGUAAACACGACGACCUGGAUGAACGGCUAUUACACAGACUGGAACCAACAUAGCGAGAAAACUUGGAGCUGGGAAAAUUCCCGCUGGAACUACGACCAGAAGAAGACCAGCUGGCAGAAGGACUGGCGUCGUUCCGGAGAUCAUCUACAGAGCAACGCCUCUCGCUGGACCUACUACAACCAGGACGGCAAAAGUACUACUGGUUGGCAAAAUUGGAAGUCUGGUGGCUCCUGCACUUCUGCACAGAACAAAAGCGCUUCAAGCAGGAACAGUUGGAAUAUUAAAGACGGCGCGCUAGAAGGACACCACAACGUGUCGUCCGGUUGGAGCAGAAAGUCCGAUACGUGGAUGGAUCGCAGUGGGCGCUCGGACCACGGUGGUAACCAGCAGGAACAACAACAAAUCAUGCUAGCUGCGACGCCCAAAGCUUCCGAAACAGCUGUCAACCACGGAGCUGCAGCCGUCACAAACACUUCUCACGAAGACAAAAAUCGGUGGUCGGCAUCUUCGGGCUGGGCCAAUUAUAGCGAGAGGCAGGAUGGGCACGCGGGUAGUGCCAGUGGCUGGCAGUCAUUUCCCAACAAGGCCGGCGACUGGAAUAAAAACAGGGCAUCUUCACCUACAACAGCUGAAAACAACUACACUCCGUGGACAAAAUGGCGCUACCACUACGUCGAGCCGGCGGAGCCACCCAAGGCCAUCGCGUAUUUGCAUUUUCCCGAACUGGAGUCCAUCGUCCUGAAGGAGGAUGAGCGGGAGUACUACCGAAGGGGCAGGCAGUCCUGGGCCGCCAAGCAGGGGUCAGAUUCAACUCCGGGGGCGGACAAGAAGGACCAAAGUGGCGUCGUGGUUACCGGUUCCUGCCCCUUAGGCACGAGAAGCCGCGCGUUGGAGUCGAAAGUACUGGAAUUGCUCCAACGGGUGACUUAUCAACUGCAAAUAUGUUGUUGGGUCGGGGUCUCCGGGAAGAAUGCGAGGUGUGUCGUGCUCGGGUUGCAGGAGUCUCAAGUUUUUCAUGCACGUUUCCCAAAAGGAGCCUCAUUUUUCUGUCAUCCAGAAUCAGAAAAAAAGCUCACUCAACAGCAUCACAAGUUUAUUCCAGACCCAGAUAUGAUUUGCAAUGCAUAUGACAGGUGGCGCAGUGUGGACUGCCGACAUGGAGCUCAACGGCAUCGAUUCGACAGCCAUGAUCUCUUUGCAGAGCAAUCUGCUGCACCACUUCGGAGACUUCGCACGAGUCAGUUUCCUCCAGCUACGCACAGAUUUCAAAAUCGUCCAGGAUCUGGUAAACUUUGUCUUGGACAAGCAAGUAACGGCCGCUGCUGGAGGAGGUAGUGAUGGUGAGGAAUCCGAUUCUUCGUCCGAAGAGGCAGACUGUCUUCUCGUGUCGCCCGACGUAGUGCCAGACCGGCAUGUUCCCCGGCCGGUGAAACUCCCCUCCCGGAAAAAGUGGCUGGAACGCGCGCUCUUGCAGUACUACUCGCAGCAACUGGCUAGCAGUUCCAGAAUGAGGAAGCGAAUUCAGGCACACUAUUUGGCCGGACUUGCUGCAC